UUCUACAUACCUCUUGGGGUGAUGCUGCUGACGUACGCGCUGACAGUCCAACUCCUGGCGCGACAGAGGAAGGGCCUGGGAGCGGGCUGGGCGGCCGGCUGGCUUGGUGCGCCUCCAAUCGAACGUCGGUGCACCUGGCGGAGGUUUCUCGGUCCGAGAGGCACUCCUCAGCACUCCGCUGCUUCCACUGAGACGGAGCUUCCUCCCCUGGACACCAGGGAUCUGUGGAUCCAGGAUUCCAGCGAGCCGGCCCCGUCGGCAAUGACCGCACUGCACCAGUUCGGGGCUGAGAUGUUGCGCCUAUCCCGCGGCCUUGAGGCUUCUGCUGCCACCAAACCGCAGUUUAAAGGGACAAACAUAUCGGAAAGAUGCGGUAUGCUCACUCCAGGGUCACUGAGCGUGUCGUCUAGCUCACCAUCAUCUAUGCUUCAAGACCGAAGACGCCCGUCAUCCACUUGUGAUCCCAACACACCCUUACAUAGGCCCAGGAGUGCGUCAGAUGACGAAAGCAACGACGGCUUGCUAGCUCCAGCAACUUUAACAGCUAAGUCUAGAAGUUCUGAAGAUGGCCUUUUACUUCCCCCUCCGUGUACGUGCCCUUACUUUGGAUCAGAGUCUACUCCUCCUAGAAGAACGACAGAAGUUAUUAUAGUUCCUGGUGGCGACAUCAACGGAUGUAAUGGUUACCCUCGGAAUGGUAAUUUGAAAGACGAGCCUCAGUACUUUAGGAGAUCUAGCCGAGGAGCGGCUUCUAUGGUUACAUGGGAUGAAGCUAGGAGGUUCAGAAGAGGUUCCAGUUUUGGAGGAGCAAGGACUACUUUAUCGACUCCAGUGCGAAGCAUCAGAGCUCAGAGGUCAAUAAAUGCUCGUCCACAGCAGCAGAUAUCUUCGAGUCCCCAACGCCAAACACCUAGAGCACACCAUUCCAGAAACUCAAGUGUCAUUUCCAGAAAUUCUUCCCGCCACGGCAGGAUUCUGCGCCUGGAGCAAAAAGCCACGAAAGUUCUCGGAGUCGUGUUUUUUACUUUCGUCGUUCUUUGGGCGCCAUUUUUCAUCCUGAAUAUGGUUCCGGCAGUUUGUCCCGAAUGCGAGAGGCGGAUUUCGCCUUGGGUUUUCGACUUCGUGCUGUGGUUGGGCUACGCCAGUUCGAUGGUGAAUCCUAUAUUCUACACCAUAUUCAAUAAGGUGUUUAGGCAAGCUUUUAAGAAGGUGUUGUUGUGUCAAUAUUGUAGGUCUAGGAGGUAGCCCGCACCCUGGGAGCGUGUUCGUCCCUCCUCGGAUCCAGGGUUAGGCGCGCUCUCAGUCAAUCGUCAAGUAAGAUCUCAUUUUGUGUGAACCAGAGCUUUAAGAGUAAGAAUGCUUAUCUAUUUCGCAGAUAUUAACCACAAGCAAACAGAGAUAAGGCUUACUAUUUCAUUACCCACAGGUGUUAUAACUUUUCGUCUCAUUUUGUUCUGGCAGAUCUAUUGAAAAUGUUUGAAAAUAACUUUUGAUUUCGUUUCGCUUUUUAUACGCAUUGAAAUAAAGGAACCUUUAUCUGUGUUUGCUGUGUAUACUCGUAAACUAUGUAGGUACUCGUAUUUCUUCACAAGAUGUAUAUUUUUUUAAUAUCGUGCUACAACA